AUGCCUCCACAGUUCGAGUUUCGCGGGAACAGGCAAGGAGGAAGACCCCGUGAACAGCCUGAAUUCACCUUUCGAUCUCGGUUCCCCAAAACUUCCGCGAGACCAUUAUUAUUGAUGUCACCAAGGGAAACCACACCUGAAUUAUUAUGUUACCCGCAAAACGAUGAUCAAAAAACAAGAAAGUUCAUGUCUCUAGAAGAGUUAACCGAUAGCGAUGAAGCGGAGAUGGAUGUUUCCUCUACAGAUGAAGCGGCCAAACCACCGCGAAAAAAGCAAGCUAUCGAGUCUAACACCGGGCUCGCUGCAAACGCCCCCAAAUGGUCGAACCCAGACCCAUACACCGUUUUACCUCCAUCAGAUGAAAACCCAGUGAAGAGGAAAGACUUUGUAAAGCUGAUCCGCAAGGCAAGAAUACAAUCGUCUCCACAACCCAAACCUGAAGAGCACAACGCGGUCGUUUUGAAUGAUGAUUUUAUAUCCUUCGGCACGGAUGACGUCGAGAUGGAUGAACCCCUUGGAAAAGCACCUCGAGGCCCAAAAAGCUUGAUGAAUCGGGAUAGUGACCCGGCCCUUGGUAGCAGAAAGCGAACCCGUGACGAUGAAAUUAUCGAGCAGCCCAGGCGCGGUGGGGCUCAAGGGAAGUUCUUUAACUCUGAUGGAUCCAUCCUUCUUAAAUGGAAACCGUUCGAAGACCAGAACCCAACUCCUUGGAUGGAUUCCUCAGGCCCUUCCACUCUCCACCUAGGAUCUAGCUUUUACCACUGGGUUAAGCCCAAGUCUUUCGAGCAUUCGAUUAGGAAUGACUUGGUCGAACGGCUUCAGCGCCACUUUGAAAGAAGACAUUAUGGCUCCCAGCUUUGUGCUUUUGGCUCCUUCGCCUCUGGCCUCUAUCUUCCGACCGCAGAUAUGGAUCUUGUCUUAUGCUCAAGACAGUUUGUUCGACAAGGUCGCAAAGUCCUUUGUCAACGGCCGCGUGAAAUACACUCGUUUGCUGCAUAUCUGAAAGAUCUCGACAUCGCUGUGCCCGGAUCCGUUGAAACCAUUGCUCAUGCUAAGGUCCCUAUUAUAAAAUUCGUAGACAGGCUUACAGGCUUGAAAGUGGAUUUAUCAUUCGACAACUCCACUGGCAUAACAGCGAACAAAACAUUUCAGGUUUGGAAAUCUCAAUUUCCCGCUAUGCCUGUUAUUGUCUCCGUGGUAAAGCAAUUUCUGCUACUACGCGGCCUCAACGAGGUAGCAACUGGUGGCUUGGGUGGAUUUUCAAUCAUUUGUUUAGUCACUAGCCUCCUCCAGCACCUCCCCUACAGCGGCGCAGAGCCUAACCUGGGUGGUGUUCUCAUGGACUUUUUCGAUUUUUAUGGUAAUAAAUUUGAUUCCAGGACGGUUGGCAUACAAUUUGAUCCGCCGGGCUAUUUCGAUAAGAAGCUCCUUGGCGUUUAUCAAGCCAACAAGCAGCAGCGACUUGCAAUUUUGGACCCAAACAAUCCUCAUAAUGAUAUCUCAGGAGGAACAAAGGAGAUUCCAUUGAUCUUCAGGGCUUUUGCCGAUGCGUAUCAAACUCUUAAGCAAGAACUAGUGCACGCAGCUUUUUCACCACGGAAAGACAUGAGUAGCUUUCUGGGCUUAGUUGUUGGCGCUAACUAUGAAUCAUACGAUCGUCAGCGCGCACAUCUUGCCAGCUUAUGUGAAAAUGAUCCUCGAUUUACGCACUUCUUCCAGCCUCCUCCUCCCGACAACCCUCCUCCAGAGGCUCCAGAAGUUCCUCCGCCACCUCCACCGGAAGAACCACCGAUUGUGACUGCGAAAGGUAACCAGCACAGUGAUGAUUCAUCACAAGCUCCCAAGCUAUCUAAAAAGCAGUCCGCGGCAUUAGAUCGCGCCAAUCGACUUAGGAAGCUUCGACCUACCUUAAAGGUUCCUAAGUUUGUGAACCUCGAAGCUGCUGUGAAAAUUGGAGGGUAUUCCUCAAUUGCAGAAAUGGACCGCGACUUAUGCCGAAGGGAAAAGGCACUUCUACAGUGA